CUUGUCUGCUUACUCGUGCCAAGUUCUCAUCUUUUCUUCCCUUUUUCUCUCUUGACUUUCUUCACCACAUCAAUCACUGAGCUGAAAGAAACUCAAUUCGACGCCGUCGCUCCUCAGCUCUUCAGCCACUUUUAUCGAUCAUAAGCUUUAAGCACUCUAAUUGCCUCGGUUGUCAACGACCGUUGAUCCAUGAAGAUCACUUACAUAGCUUCCACCCCACUACUACAUUACCCACAAAAUAACAGACCACGAGGGAUCGGAUCUAAACCUUAUCUGGUUUGCGCAAGGAACUUGCUUGGAUGACUUGAUUCCGAGGUUCUCGGUAGAUUGGCGUUAUAAAACAAGACCUUUUCUCAGCGUUUUCAAACAAUUGGGCAACCGUAUUUGCCAUCCAAGUUUGUCUCUUCACCAACUUCCAGGUUGAACGCCAUUACCUACCACCAAAGCUUGACGAGAAGCCCACAAUUAUGGACAACUCAAUAACAACAGACGACCUCUCUUGGUCAAUCGUCGACACUAUCAAACAAUCACCACCCAUCGAUGUCACAGCUCCUUACGACACCAAGUCUCUCGCCGGCAAGACCAUCCUAAUCACCGGCGGGGCAUCCGGCUUCGGUGCCGCCUUCGCCCGCAAGUGGGCCAAACACGGCUCCCACAUCAUCAUCGGCGACGUGAACGACUCCGCCGGCGAGGAGCUCAUCGCCGAGCUCUGCUCCCUCCCCGGCUCCUCCAAGCACCACUACUACCAGCACUGCGACGUGACCAAAUGGGAAGACCAAGUCUCCCUCUUCAAGAUGGCCGCCCGCGCCAGUCCCACCCGCGGCAUCGACGCCGUCGUAGCCGGCGCCGGCAUCAGCGAGCAAGGGGACGUAGCCUCGGGCGCCCCGGGCGUCUUCGACAACCCCUCCGGUCUCGACUCCGACGACAGCAUCCCACCCCCACCACCGCCCUUAAACGUCCUCAACGUCAACCUGACAGGCGUCAUGUACACCACCCACCUCGCUCUCUUCUGGCUUCCCCGCAACGGCGGCGUCUCCCGUCUUGACCUCGACAACCCCCCCUCCUCCCAUCUCAGUGAAAAUCAACCAAUCCGCGACCGCCACCUCCUCCUCGUCUCCUCCAUCGCCGGCCUCGCUCCCCUCCCCGGCCAAACGGAGUACACAGCCUCCAAGCACGGCGUGCUCGGCCUCUUCCGCUCCCUGAGGGCGACGUCCUGGACGAAAGGCAUCCGGUGUAAUGUUUUGUGUCCGUACUUUGUCGAUACCCCCAUUAUCCCCUGGCGCGGACUGGCGCUCUUGGCGGGCGGGUCGAAGGCGGAGAUUGAGGAUGUGGUGGAUGCGGCGACGAGGUUGAUGGCUGAUGAGGGGGUGGUGGGGAGGGGGUUGGUUAUUGGGGGGCGGCAGAGGGUUGUGGGCGGGAGGGUGGUGGUUGUUGAUGCUGGACAUGCUGAGGGGGAAGGGGAAGGGAAAGGGGAUGGAGGGGGGAUUAGGAGUCCGCCUGGCGCGGUUUGGGAGGUGCAUGCGCAUGAUUAUGAGAUGGUGGAGGUUUUCGUUUAUAGGUUUGUCAAGAUUUUGAAUAUGGUCAGGACCGUUAGGGGGUGGGUUGGGACGUUGAAAGAUUUGUGGGGGAUUUAUUUGAGUAGGAGAGGAGGAGGAGGGGCGAAAGCGGCGAAGGCGAAGGCAAAGAAUGUGGUGAUGUAGGGGAAGUGAUGAUGACGAUUUUCUUGUGGUAAUGAAUCUUGGAUUCCAUGGGCGGUACGGUUUUUUAUGGCUAGUCGAUCAUGGUCACCGACACAGCACUUGGGAUGGUUCGUUUUGCGUGUGAUGAUGAGUUGUGGGUUUCAUGGACAUGGCUAGAUAGGUAGGAAAUCUUCAGGAUUCGGAGGAUAUUUAUCUAGUCACUGAUCUAUUCUCUCCAUGCAUAUAAGAGGCGGGCGG